GGCAAUUAAAAGAGUCGAAGACGAUAUAUACUCAUAACCAAACAGUCUCAACAGCAGUCGAAACACCAACAACCUACACAAAUUUCUGAAAGCAAAGUACCGUUUCGCUUUGGAACCUAUAGGUCUCAUUGCUUACAUAGCAGCUCCCACAUACAUAUCGGUUUUAAAUUUAUAACGAUUUAUAUCCCCCAGAGAUGCUUCAUCGCAGUCUGAGUCUGAGGCGUGUGAGCCCGUUCUCUGUCUACAUGCGCGACCUCGCUCGCCAGAACAAGCUAGUUGGGACCAACAACGCCCCCAAGAUUGCGUCGGCAGGCUACAGGAAGCUCAGUGCUGAGGAGAAGGCAGAGCUGGUGAAACGGGCCCGAAGCUUGUCUUACCCUGCACUGGACGCGUAUAAUCGUUUUCAGAAGGAAUACUCGCACCGCUUUCUACACCUAUCCAAUAAAGAACGACAGCGAAAGGUUGCACAGCUCUGGGCUGAACUAAAAGAAAAGGGUACCGUUCGGAUUCCCAAGGCACCUAAGGUGAAGGGCGCCAAAAAAACUGUCAAGAUCAUUGCCAAGGUAAAAAGGAAUGCAGCCUCUUCUCGACCCGUAAAGGCGAAAGCGGCCAAGGCAUAAAAGGUGAAUAUUACCGAUAGGACUAAGAAUACUAUAGAGAUAAUAGCAAAUCCAAGACAGCGAAAUAUGAAGAGGCAUCUAGAAAUACGCAACCUAUUGCGUAUCAGUAUACCCUAGAGUAUAGAAGAAACCUUUUAUUAUAUGAAAUAGAAAAACAAAGAAAUAGUGAACGCCUUUGAUGAGAAAGUCUGCCUAUUUGUGAGUGUUUAUUCUACUCAAAACAAGAAGUAAUAAUAAAUGAAUAAAGGGCGCUCAGAACAAUACUAAUUCAGAUGGAAAAGGCGCAGUGCUAUUUUUAUUUACUGGCUUCAAAGUUUUUUUAUAUGAAAAAUUUGAAAGAAAA